AUGAGUGAUACAGAUAAAACAAGAUUAAAAGAAUUAUUAAAUCAAUCAUUGACAUUAAGAAAUGCAAUAAAACAAACAGCACCAACCGCUACCAAUUAUAAAUCGAUGAUAGCCGAGCUCAAGUCAAAGGCGGUCGAAGCACGCGCACUCAGCGAUAAGCUCAGAUCGCGACCGUAUCUACUCGGUGCAGCAGGAGAAGCAACUCGAUGGAUCGGACGCAGACGGCGACCGCUACAUGAAGCUGCACGUCCAGUGCUGGGAACACUAUCUCUGGUUGAAAGAGCAGUCGGCGUUCCAACGCGACCAAUUCAUUCGUGUGCACAAAGCAGCGCUCUUCAAGCUGGCAAUCUACCUUGGCUCGCUGGCGAAUCCUCUCAUCUCUGGCAAAGACCCAGAGGUGGUGAGCAUCGCGAUGGAGGCAUUCGACGAGGCAUUCUACAUUGCGAAACUCACAGAGGACCAAGAGUACUUCUGCGCGGCAACCGCACACAAAUCAUCUGUAAUAUACCGAACAAUGUCAGCUGA